AGACCGUAUAAAAAGUAGCUUCUCAGUUCUGCCAUCACAUGUCAAAACCCAACAGAAAAAAAAGAAAACCGAACAGAAAAAAUUAAAGGAAAAAAAAAAAACACUCUAAACAACUUCAGCUUUUGUUGUUUCCAAUCUAAGGCUCUUCUCAAUCUUCCAAUCAAGAUUGUCGUGCUUACGAGGUUUAUUCGGAUUUCAAUGUUUAGAUGCAAUGAAAAUGUAAUGCGUAGUUAAAAUUUGUUUGUUCGAGGCAGAGGUAUUAAGUUUUGGUUGAAGCAGAUUAGAAUGGAUCAGCAAGGACAUGGACAGCCCCCUGCCAUGGGGAUGAUGGGUAGCGGAGGUCAAGUUCCUUACGGUACUAAUCCGUAUCAAAAUCAAGUGACUGGGACGGCCCCAAAUCCGGGUUCGGUCGUAACAUCGGUUGGAGGUAUUCAGUCCACAGGUCAGCCGACAGGAGCUCAACUUGCGCAGCACCAACUUGCUUAUCAGCAAAUCCACCAUCAGCAACAACAACAACUCCAGCAACAACUCCAGGCAUUUUGGGCAAAUCAGUAUCAAGAAAUCGAGAAAGUUACGGAUUUCAAGAACCAUAACCUUCCGUUGGCGAGGAUCAAGAAGAUCAUGAAAGCUGAUGAAGAUGUGAGGAUGAUAUCUGCCGAGGCUCCAGUCAUUUUUGCCCGGGCGUGCGAAAUGUUCAUCUUAGAAUUGACCUUGCGUUCGUGGAAUCACACGGAAGAGAAUAAAAGGAGGACACUUCAGAAAAACGAUAUUGCAGCAGCUAUUACUAGGACUGACAUAUUCGACUUCUUAGUUGACAUAGUUCCGAGGGAGGAUUUGAAAGAUGAAGUUCUCGCAUCGAUUCCACGAGGAACAAUGCCUGUUGGAGGACCUGCUGAUGCGCUGUCUUAUUACAUGCCUGCACAGCAUGCACCUCAGGUCGGGACUCCGGGAAUGAUAAUGGGGAAGCCGGUGGUGGACCCUGCUAUCUAUGCCCAGCAGUCUCACCCGUACAUGGCGCAACAGAUGUGGCCACCAGGUCCCGAGCAACAGCAGUCAUCCUCUGAUCAUUAGCAACUCUAGCAUAGAAUUUAAGAAGAAUAGUUCCUUGAGACAUCUAGGGAAUGUUCAACGGAACAGAAUAAGGACGGCUUCUCCGGGUCAAAGGCCUUGAUCAAGGUUAUAAGCUGAAGAUCAGACCUUUUUUUUUUCUGUAAAUACUAUGCUUGAAGAAUGACUGAUCAUGAUUGAACAAUUUACAUUUCCUUUCUAUGUACCCUUUCUUUUUUCGAUCUCGUUUCUAGUGGAAUGUUACUUAGAGAUGUGAAAGAAGGAAUAUCUCUAUCUAUCUACAUAUAUAAUUGUAAAUUUUAUUAUGAA